AUGAAGUGGGGUAUCUCUAUACUCCUCUCCAUCGCCGCCGCUGGGUACAGCCAUGCUGGUUCGCACGGCCACCAUGGCCACGGACACCCAGUGCGGCAUACCGAGGCCAUGGAACCUAGAGACUUGGCCUGGGACAACACGAGCCAUAUUCCCGUCGACACGGUGGUCGAGUUGCGCACACUGACAACCACCGUGUUCAAGGACUGCGCGUCCACCGACACUCUUCAUGUUACAACGACCGUCAUGGAGCAGACGGACCCUGCGCCCACUCAGCCUGAGCUCGCCCAGUCUAACCCUCCGGGGUCGGAGCCGCUGACCACUAUUCUGAUGACCAGCACUGUCACGGAAACCGCUACCGACAAAGUCGAGGCUACUACCUCGCCUAUGUCGAGCAACACGACGGAGGGCCGGCAUCUAGAGCAAACCGCCACCUUACUCAAUUUGGGACCCAACAUCCUACCGUCACUGUCACCACUCCCGCAGCUGCUGCCCGGCUCACCCAACAGUCCUCAGCCGGAUGAGGAGUCACUACCCGCAAAUCUGGACUGGACAUCACAUCCUGAACACGAUGGUUUCGCGACCAAGGCAUUCGGCGGACGCACUCCGCCCAACGACACGGACAUCCACUACCGCGGAAACGUCGGCGUGCCCUGGGGCAGCAACAUUAUCUCCGUGGGCCCUGCUGCGGUCCAUCGCUACAAGUACGUGGCCCAGUUCACGGGGUCCAACACGGACCCCUGGACCGUCACAGUAUGGAACAAAAUAGGCCCGGACGGCAAGAUGAACGGAUGGUACGGACACUCUGCGCUUACCUUCACGCUGGCACCCGGCGAGACGCGGUACGUGGUGUUUGAUGAGGAUUCAGAGGGCGCCUGGGGUGCAGCACCGGGAUCGCACGGUCUGCCGACGGACCAUUGGGGUGGUUACUCGUGCACCUGGGGCGAGUUUACCUUUGGAGAUUCCGAGAACGGCGGCUGGUCGGGCUGGGAUGUGUCGGCCAUCCAGGCUCAAAUCGCCGGUGACACCGUCCAGGGCAUGCGCAUCUGCCAGGCCAACGGCAUGGGCUGCUCGAGUAUUAGCCCGCAGGCCAAGAAAAUCGUCAAUGCGUACACCAAGUCGAAGCGCAAGCAUAAUGGCAUUGGCGGUGCGGCUGCACCGGGGCCAGUGCGUUUGAGGGUGCAGAUUGACUGGAAAGAUAAUGCUUGA